AUGAGCUGUGCUAUAUGCAUCACAAAUGCUUCCAAUUGCCAAACAUGUGCUGGUGGAUACACGAAUCAAAGUGGAAUAUGUGUUAAAGCCGGAUGCUCAGCUGGUCAGUAUAAGAAUGGUAGAAUGGGUUGCGCUUCUUGCGAUGAAAGCUGUGCGUUAUGCAUCACAAAUGCUUCCAAUUGCCAAACAUGUGCUGGUGGAUACAGGAAUGAAAGUGGAAUAUGUGUUAAAGCCACAUGCCCAGCUGGUCAGUAUCUUUUAGCUAACCUCUCUUGCGCUUCUUGCGAUGAAAGCUGUGCGUUAUGCAUCACAAAUGCUUCCAAUUGCCAAACAUGUGCUGGUGGAUACAGGAAUGAAAGUGGAAUAUGUGUUAAAGCCACAUGCCCAGCUGGUCAGUAUCUUUUAGCUAACCUCUCUUGCGCUUCUUGCGAUGAAAGCUGUGCGUUAUGCAUCACAAAUGCUUCCAAUUGCCAAACAUGUGCUGGUGGAUACAGGAAUGAAAGUGGAAUAUGUGUUAAAGCCACAUGCCCAGCUGGUCAGUAUCUUUUAGCUAACCUCUCUUGCGCUUCUUGCGAUGAAAGCUGUGCGUUAUGCAUCACAAAUGCUUCCAAUUGCCAAACAUGUGCUGGUGGAUACAGGAAUGAAAGUGGAAUAUGUGUUAAAGCCACAUGCCCAGCUGGUCAGUAUCUUUUAGCUAACCUCUCUUGCGCUUCUUGCGAUGAAAGCUGUGCGUUAUGCAUCACAAAUGCUUCCAAUUGCCAAACAUGUGCUGGUGGAUACAGGAAUGAAAGUGGAAUAUGUGUUAAAGCCACAUGCCCAGCUGGUCAGUAUCUUUUAGCUAACCUCUCUUGCGCUUCUUGCGAUGAAAGCUGUGCGUUAUGCAUCACAAAUGCUUCCAAUUGCCAAACAUGUGCUGGUGGAUACAGGAAUGAAAGUGGAAUAUGUGUUAAAGCCACAUGCCCAGCUGGUCAGUAUCUUUUAGCUAACCUCUCUUGCGCUUCUUGCGAUGAAAGCUGUGCGUUAUGCAUCACAAAUGCUUCCAAUUGCCAAACAUGUGCUGGUGGAUACAGGAAUGAAAGUGGAAUAUGUGUUAAAGCCACAUGCCCAGCUGGUCAGUAUCUUUUAGCUAACCUCUCUUGCGCUUCUUGCGAUGAAAGCUGUGCGUUAUGCAUCACAAAUGCUUCCAAUUGCCAAACAUGUGCUGGUGGAUACAGGAAUGAAAGUGGAAUAUGUGUUAAAGCCACAUGCCCAGCUGGUCAGUAUCUUUUAGCUAACCUCUCUUGCGCUUCUUGCGAUGAAAGCUGUGCGUUAUGCAUCACAAAUGCUUCCAAUUGCCAAACAUGUGCUGGUGGAUACAGGAAUGAAAGUGGAAUAUGUGUUAAAGCCACAUGCCCAGCUGGUCAGUAUCUUUUAGCUAACCUCUCUUGCGCUUCUUGCGAUGAAAGCUGUGCGUUAUGCAUCACAAAUGCUUCCAAUUGCCAAACAUGUGCUGGUGGAUACAGGAAUGAAAGUGGAAUAUGUGUUAAAGCCACAUGCCCAGCUGGUCAGUAUCUUUUAGCUAACCUCUCUUGCGCUUCUUGCGAUGAAAGCUGUGCGUUAUGCAUCACAAAUGCUUCCAAUUGCCAAACAUGUGCUGGUGGAUACAGGAAUGAAAGUGGAAUAUGUGUUAAAGCCACAUGCCCAGCUGGUCAGUAUCUUUUAGCUAACCUCUCUUGCGCUUCUUGCGAUGAAAGCUGUGCGUUAUGCAUCACAAAUGCUUCCAAUUGCCAAACAUGUGCUGGUGGAUACAGGAAUGAAAGUGGAAUAUGUGUUAAAGCCACAUGCCCAGCUGGUCAGUAUCUUUUAGCUAACCUCUCUUGCGCUUCUUGCGAUGAAAGCUGUGCGUUAUGCAUCACAAAUGCUUCCAAUUGCCAAACAUGUGCUGGUGGAUACAGGAAUGAAAGUGGAAUAUGUGUUAAAGCCACAUGCCCAGCUGGUCAGUAUCUUUUAGCUAACCUCUCUUGCGCUUCUUGCGAUGAAAGCUGUGCGUUAUGCAUCACAAAUGCUUCCAAUUGCCAAACAUGUGCUGGUGGAUACAGGAAUGAAAGUGGAAUAUGUGUUAAAGCCACAUGCCCAGCUGGUCAGUAUCUUUUAGCUAACCUCUCUUGCGCUUCUUGCGAUGAAAGCUGUGCGUUAUGCAUCACAAAUGCUUCCAAUUGCCAAACAUGUGCUGGUGGAUACAGGAAUGAAAGUGGAAUAUGUGUUAAAGCCACAUGCCCAGCUGGUCAGUAUCUUUUAGCUAACCUCUCUUGCGCUUCUUGCGAUGAAAGCUGUGCGUUAUGCAUCACAAAUGCUUCCAAUUGCCAAACAUGUGCUGGUGGAUACAGGAAUGAAAGUGGAAUAUGUGUUAAAGCCACAUGCCCAGCUGGUCAGUAUCUUUUAGCUAACCUCUCUUGCGCUUCUUGCGAUGAAAGCUGUGCGUUAUGCAUCACAAAUGCUUCCAAUUGCCAAACAUGUGCUGGUGGAUACAGGAAUGAAAGUGGAAUAUGUGUUAAAGCCACAUGCCCAGCUGGUCAGUAUCUUUUAGCUAACCUCUCUUGCGCUUCUUGCGAUGAAAGCUGUGCGUUAUGCAUCACAAAUGCUUCCAAUUGCCAAACAUGUGCUGGUGGAUACAGGAAUGAAAGUGGAAUAUGUGUUAAAGCCACAUGCCCAGCUGGUCAGUAUCUUUUAGCUAACCUCUCUUGCGCUUCUUGCGAUGAAAGCUGUGCGUUAUGCAUCACAAAUGCUUCCAAUUGCCAAACAUGUGCUGGUGGAUACAGGAAUGAAAGUGGAAUAUGUGUUAAAGCCACAUGCCCAGCUGGUCAGUAUCUUUUAGCUAACCUCUCUUGCGCUUCUUGCGAUGAAAGCUGUGCGUUAUGCAUCACAAAUGCUUCCAAUUGCCAAACAUGUGCUGGUGGAUACAGGAAUGAAAGUGGAAUAUGUGUUAAAGCCACAUGCCCAGCUGGUCAGUAUCUUUUAGCUAACCUCUCUUGCGCUUCUUGCGAUGAAAGCUGUGCGUUAUGCAUCACAAAUGCUUCCAAUUGCCAAACAUGUGCUGGUGGAUACAGGAAUGAAAGUGGAAUAUGUGUUAAAGCCACAUGCCCAGCUGGUCAGUAUCUUUUAGCUAACCUCUCUUGCGCUUCUUGCGAUGAAAGCUGUGCGUUAUGCAUCACAAAUGCUUCCAAUUGCCAAACAUGUGCUGGUGGAUACAGGAAUGAAAGUGGAAUAUGUGUUAAAGCCACAUGCCCAGCUGGUCAGUAUCUUUUAGCUAACCUCUCUUGCGCUUCUUGCGAUGAAAGCUGUGCGUUAUGCAUCACAAAUGCUUCCAAUUGCCAAACAUGUGCUGGUGGAUACAGGAAUGAAAGUGGAAUAUGUGUUAAAGCCACAUGCCCAGCUGGUCAGUAUCUUUUAGCUAACCUCUCUUGCGCUUCUUGCGAUGAAAGCUGUGCGUUAUGCAUCACAAAUGCUUCCAAUUGCCAAACAUGUGCUGGUGGAUACAGGAAUGAAAGUGGAAUAUGUGUUAAAGCCACAUGCCCAGCUGGUCAGUAUCUUUUAGCUAACCUCUCUUGCGCUUCUUGCCCUUCAAGCUGCUAA